AUGUUAAGAUCGUGUUUAAGAUCUGCCUGGAAUGUAGUUUCUUCACCAGGACUGCAGUGCAGUUAUGCUGGUUUAAAAACAUUAAGUAAAACUAUUUUGAAGCCUAAUAGUCAUAAUAUUUCAUAUUUUUCGAAAACUAUCUCCAUUCAGCCUUCUAUCAAUGAGUUUCUCAAGCCUCAAGCUACUGACAUUGGAUUUAAUCAAAACCGUUCCUUAACCAAGUUUUCUCUUAGAAAGGGAAAAAGAAAGGCAGUGAAGCCUGUUGUAAAGCGCUUUUAUCGUCUUAACUGGGGUGUUUGGAUUCGAACCAUCUGCGGACGACAUAAGAAGCUAUACAAGAAAUCAGCUAACAGGAAAAGGCGACUUAGGCGGCAUGUGUUCACCACUGCAACACAAAGUUGGCUACUAGAUAAAAUGGUGACGAAGUUCUGGCGAAAACCUAGAUUUUAUGUAGAUGAUCCAUAUGAGCCAUACCAUAAGAGAGAAGAAUUUUUUAUCACAAGGAAAAGACCUUUUGUUCCUUACAAUUAA